UAGCUUUCGCCUGGAUUCACCUGGUCAGUCUGUGUCAUGGAAAGAUGUUUUGUACACUCAGUGUAAACAUACUGAAUAGAGUAGACCAUAGGGUGUGUGAGUGUUUUUGUCUGUGCGUUUGUAUCCCCUGCUUUAUGAGCUCUCUUAAAGGGCACAUCAGCAGUUUCCUGUCAUCUUCGGAGUGUAAAUCCUCCAGCAGCUGUCCCAGCAACCACCUGUCUCAGAGCCGGUGACCUUUGACCCUAAGACCUGACAGCUGAAUAGGGGGAGGAAGGACAGAGGGGAACAAAUGGCAAUCAAAAAUAAAGUUGAGACACAUGGAGAGAUACUGUGUAUAAUGUUUGUUUGCUGACAAUGUAAUACUGUACUGGGAGUGGGAGACAAAGAGAGAGAGAGAGUGUGUGAAGGUGGCCAGUGCUAGUAUCAAAUAGAUUCUAUUAUCUCCCCCUGUCAGACACUCUCCAUGUAUGGUGUGAGCUUGGGAAGGUCAGAUAUUGGGGGGUGAGGUGGGGCGGGGGACACAAUACAGGCAUGUGUGUCGGUGUUGACAUGUCCUCUAACAUGGCCCAGUUACUGUGUGUACUGAUUGCCAGGAUCUGCCAUGUGAUAGCUAAAAGGACAGUUUAUGAAUUAUUAUGCGUCAACCCUGGAAUAAACCCAGAUAUACAACACCCAUGCCUUCCAAUAUUAGCAGACAGGAUGCAGAGUAGUACAUGUAAAAGCAUGUUAUCUUUAAAGGUUUUACUAUGAUUUUUUACAUGCUUGUUGUUUUGGCCCAUUUGAAAGCACUAUGUAAGAUGAUGUGCUAAAUGACUAACCUUGUAAAUGAUAUGCCUGUAAAUCUAUUCUAGAGACCUAAUAGAUUCUAGAUGGUAUCAGUCUCACUCCUGACCAUCUCCCGGUGGAAUUUCUAAAGUAAGAAUUCAGAGGUAUAGGAGGAACACCUGUGUGGUCUGUCAAGAGAAAUCGUGUACUUUGUACUGAAACCCCUGAUGUUUGAUAGGAAGUAUCUGAGAUGUACACAGACAAGGUGUUCCUUUUCCACUCCUAGUGAACUAAGAUAGUAUAUCUUAUAUUUAACAUUACAUUUACAUGUUAGUCAUUUGGCAGAUGCUCUUAUCCAGAGUGACUUAGUGAGUUCAUUAAUCUUAAGAUAGCAAAGUGGGACAACCACACAUCACAGUUAUAGCAACUACGUUGAUCCUCAAUAAAUGAAGUUAUUAGCAAAGUCAGUGCUAGUAGGAAAAGACAAGUGCGAGUGUUAGUUCAUAUCUUAGUAUAGUAAGACCUUUGAUGCUGCGGUUUUACCUGCAGUAGCCACACUGUCUUCUUAGACCUAUGAGAAUGUAGGACACUCUCCCUGCGUAUCAGAAUCAGCUGAUCAUACAAGGUUUAAAUGAUCAGAUCAGCUUUCAUACCUUCCUCCACUUCGCCCUCUUCAAUUUCACCAUCAGUCCUAUCUCGCCCCAUCCGAUGAGUGCAACAGCUGAUGGACAGAUAGAGAGGGGGAGGAGGAGGAGAAGAGGUUGGAGAGAACAACAUGAAUUUGUAUUAAAUUACAGCCAGUUUGACAUAUAGGCCUUUAGACCUUGUGACACUUACUAUGUUUACAACUGUAAAGGACAACAUAAAAAUCUACUAAUGGCUCUGCCAAUCUUCUGGUUGACCUCUGGUCAGUUUCAGAGUAGAGAUAUAAGGGUUUAUUAAUGUGCUUUAAUGUGAAAGAUAUAAAACUACCCAAAUGUUUCCUGCCUGCUUUUGUCUCUUCAAAGAGUCUGGUCAAAAAGAAGGUAUUGGAAUGAUAUGAAUAUUUAAAAGGCAUAUGAAAAUUUAAAAGGCAUAGGAAUAUUUAAAAGGCAUAGGAAUAUUUAAAAGGCAUAGGAAUAUUUAAAAGGCAUAGGAAUAUUUAAAAGGCAUAGGAAUAUUUAAAAGGCAAUACAUCAGCAAUUACAGGGUAAUAACAAGGAUAGUAUUCUUAGAGGUGACCUUUUAGUGGCAAGUUGAAGUACAGCUACAGUAUUAGCUUUUAAUGUAGAAAUUACACAUUUUUGUGUAGCUCUCCUAAUGUUUUAUUGUGUUUCUGUGAGGAGGGGGAGGCGGUUGAAAGUUAUUGACAGGUACAAAUUACCACAGCUGGCAUAGCCACCCCGGCUCCCCCUGCUCCCAGAACUCCUGUCAUGCGAUUGGUGGUUAAGUAGAACUUAUGGUGUAGUGGGCGGGUGGAAGCCGGCAUUAAAACAUGUGGCAGUUGUUGGACAAUGUACCGGAGAAUCAGAUAUGCAGUGACGGGGGAGGCCCUGGGCAGGAGGCCUGCCCGGGCAGUGGUGACCCCACCCUCCCCCAGGUCUAUGCCCAGCCUCCCUCAUACCCUCCACCAGGACAAGCUCCUCCCACACCUGCAGGCAGACUUCCUCCUCUAGACUAUAGUUCCGCCCACCCUAACUCAGAGUACCAGGAGCAUCACCAGCUCAGAGUCUAUCAGGGCCCGCAACACGAAGGGGCUGACACUCUGGCAGCCAUUAGCACGGACGAUGCCCUGGUUCCGGUGACCUCUGACUCCCAGGCUCUGAGCGUGUCAGUGUCAUCAGGGGGCGGAGCAGGAAGUGGUAGCGAUGAGGAGGGGUCAGGCAAGGCCCAGCCCAAGCGUCUCCACGUUUCCAACAUCCCCUUCCGCUUCAGAGACCCGGACCUUAGACAGAUGUUUGGGCAAUUUGGCAAGAUCCUGGAUGUGGAGAUUAUCUUUAAUGAGAGAGGGUCAAAGGGUUUUGGGUUCGUGACCUUUGAGAGCGCAAUGGAGGCAGACCGAGCAAGGGAAAAACUGAACGGAACUAUCGUUGAGGGGAGGAAGGUUGAAGUGAACAAUGCUACAGCCAGAAUAGUCACCAAGAAACCCCAAACACCACUUGUGAAUGGUGAGGUUUCAACCCCUGGAUGGAAGAUCAGCCCUGUCAUGGGAGCGAUGUAUGCACCUGAACUCUACACCGGUGAGUUUCAAUUUGCCAGUUUCCCCUACCCCGUAGCUGCUCCCACCCUGGCCUAUCGGGGCUCACCACUGCGUGGGCGGGGCAGGGCAGUCUACAACACAAUUCGCUCAGCUGCUGCAGCCGCACCCACUGCCAUGCCCGCCUACCCUGGAAUGUCUCCUUUCAGUGUGCUGUACCAAGAUGGAUUAUAUGGAGCUGAAGUCUAUGGCGGGUAUCCUGCAGCGUACAGAGUUGCCCAAUCACCAUCCGCUGCCACAGCAACAUACAGUGAUGGAUAUGGCCGAGUUUAUGCUGCUGCAACGGAUCCCUACCACCAUUCAGUGGGACCCACGGCAACAUACGGUGUCGGAACAAUGGCCAGUCUGUACAGAGGAGGAUACAACCGCUUCACCCCUUACUGAGCUGCCCAAUGGGAGCCUGGAAGCCGUUCUGUGACCCCGCCACCUCAUCCAGGAUUGGCCAGUCCCAGGACAAUAACUCAGGACAGGUUAUGACAUCACUGAGCUCUGUGUCACCUCCUGUCUGACUCCCUCCACGUGGAGACCGAUCCAACCGACUGGACGUGUAAAUACUGUAGUAGUUAUUCACUAUUUAUUCUAUCAGAGAAUACAUAUAGGAUAAAGAGCCUGAUCUAAUGUAUAGACAGUUAUUUAAAAUCUUUAUUUUACACUUAAUCUGUAUUGUUUGUGCCACAGAUUUGUUCCAUGAUUUUCAGAAUGUAAAGAUUUCUGCCUCCGUACCUGGGUUAUAAGCUACUCUUUCACUAUUCUGACAGAGAGAGUUGAAUGUGAGCCAUUUUAUUUUUGAUUGGCUGGACUUCAUGGUGAAAUACUGCAACUCAAGUGGCACAACAAUACUGGUUUCUCUACAUGGUGACCUUUGUAAAAAAAGUUUUUGAUCAACUUUUCAAGAGUCAAAUUGUAGAGUACAAUGACAUUUUAUACAGUUAAAUAACUUAUUUUGAUGAGUUUUGUCAAUGAUGUAGCGCACUGUUUGAGGACGUUGAAGUGUGUGUGUGUGUGUGUUCUUGUGUGUUGGAGUAUGUGACGACAUCAAUACUCAAAGCACAAGCUAUGAGAGACAGCAAUGGCACUGAUAUUGUUAAUGUGCACAGUAAUCUUUUUUGAAAUGCUUCUAGAACCAGAAAACUAUAAUUUGCAUAAAAUGUACGUAUGUUUUUGCUUUCCUAACAAUCUACCUCUGAUUCUGAAAAAGUUUCACUUGUCAAAAAAGCAUUCAGGAGCCAUUACUUCUCAGUCUACCAAUUAACUGUAACAAAACAUUUUUUCUUAUUUUCAUUGCUGAGCUUCUAUCCAUCUUCUCUCUGCUUUACAUAAUGCUCAACCCACUUUAUCCUUUUUCUAUGGCAGCCUCAUUCUGGGUUUUACUUCGCUCUGCCUGACGAGCCUGUAACCUCUAAUGUGCUUUCCCUGAUUUCCUCUGUCCUGUUAAACUCUAGGAUGUUGUCUGGUUUCCUCUUCCUGUUCUCUCGCCUGCUUCUCUCCAUUCUGUUUGAGAAUCUGUGUUCCAUCCAUAGAAAUAAUCAGAUGAGUUCUAGUUCUAUGGGUCAUCUCUCCUUCUCCAUCCUGUACUCUAGCUUCACUGUUGUUUAUUUGCUGUUGACCUCUCAAUAAAACAUUGUUUCUGUUUCCCUUU